GUGAACAUUUUAUGAAUCUACGGUUAUUUGUUUUAGAGUUACGCCAAACACCAAAAUCGAUUUAGUCGAAACCGAAAACGGAUUUUUCCGUUUUUCCUUAAGGGGGCUGCACCGUAGCAUAUUUUGAGGAGUACUAUUUAGGCAAUUCAUGUGACAUAAAUUAAUACUGUAUCUAUGUGUGAGUAGUAAAUUAACAUUAGUGUGCGUAAUCCGUUAUCGUUUCCGAGAAUCGCUGCAUGUCGAGUCGGGCAACCGCGCCGGAAGCAACUCUCACACGCGCAGUACAUAAUAGUACAGUUCGACGGGUAUUUGGGCUAUUAAGAGAUCGGACGAAUUUUGGUCGCCGCCGGGUAGCGUUCUUAGAAUGGCACUAGUAUAUUACUAAAAACAGCCUGGGUUUCCCUUCGGUUGCUAGUAGGUACAGCGCUGUGGCACUAUUUAUAAUAGUUAUCAAAAUUAUCUAAAAAUAAUUAAAAUUGAUACACAUGAAUAACUUGAUAUUAUUUAAUAUUUUCAUAAUGUGUAUCACUUCGUUCUCGAACGUUACAGUACGCACUCCAUUAUAAAUACAUAAUGGAUUACAAUGGUUUUAAAUAUAAGAGUAAUGGCAAGAAGAAUGGUGUUUGUUAUUAUGUAUGCUCCAGUCCGAAUAUGGUGUGCAAAGGUUCAUUAAAAAGAACAAAUGAUGGGACAGUUAUUGAGUGUAAAAGGCACAUUCACGAUGCAUAUGUAGAUGUAGACGAUCGCCUCAAGUAUAACUUUCGUCAACAUCUUCUUGAACGUUCAACGUCUGAAACAACAAAUCUAAGGAAUAUUUAUGAUGAAGAAGCGAUCAGAACCCCAGAUGCAGCUAGAGUUUAUUCAUGGCCCACGGCAGAGUCCUCAAUGCGGAAAGCAAGAGCCAAAAAUACACCAGUGUUACCUGCCACAUUACGAGGUCUAGGGGAAACACUUGAUGAGAAUAGGCAAAAAUAUAAAUGUGGGAACCAUCAAUUCUACCAAGAAUGGAUAUUUGAUGAUCAAGGAAAAUGUCAUCUAAUGUUUGGAUGUCCUGAACUUGUCAAUAUAGUAGUGUCAAGUGGUGGAACCGAACUUCAUGCUGACGGGACGUUUAAAGUUGUCCCAUCGAGACCCAAAUGUAGACAAUUGUUCAUAAUUCACCUUAUUAUACAAAAUCACUCUAUUCCAAUAUGUUAUGUAUUGAUGGAGUCAAAAACUCAAGAGGCAUAUACAAAAGUGCUAAAUAGAUUCAAAGUUAUUUUCCAAAAUGUACAACCAUCUGUCAUAAUGACAGACUAUGAAAGGGGAUUGCGUAAUGCAUUUGCUAUAACAUAUCCCGAAGCUGAACUUGUAUCAUGUUAUUUUCAUUAUGUUCAAAGUUUAUGGAAAAAUAUUAAAAAAAUGCAGUUGACAGCAUAUCUACGCCAUAAUGAACAUGGUAAAAUGUGUUUGAAAAUGAUGAUGGUUCUUGCCCUAUUACCAGCAAAUGAAAUUGAAGAUGGGUUUCAGGACAUAAAAGAUUAUGCUCUUGUAAAUGAUGUAAAUAUGGCUAGAUUCUUCACAUAUUUCUCAAGUUUUUGGCUAGUGCAAAUAGGACCACAAGUAUUUUCUGUGUAUGGCAAACCAAGACGAACCAAUAACAACAUUGAAAGUUUCCACAACAAACUUAAAGAUAAAUUUCAAGUGUCCCACCCGAAUUUGUGGACUGUACUAGGACAUUUGCAAAAUCUAAGUCAGUCGCAACACGUGGUUAUUAAUCAAUUCAAUAGAGGACUCCAAAUUACUAGAUCAGUUAAAUUUAAAUAUAUUAUAAAUUCAAGAAGAAUUAAAAUGUGUACUGAAAAACUGACGUUAGGAAUUAUAACGAGAAAGGAAUUUUUAUUACAAUGUUCCUACACAGUUAAUGGGUAUCUUGAAAGAGAGGCCAAUUGGGCAAGAUUUAUAGAAAAUGAUGAUAAUGCUAUUGAAGAAAAUUUGCCAAUGCAGCUACUUAAUAACAAUGCCAUUCCACUUAUAAGGGACAAUCCUGAAAGUGAUAAUGAAGACAGACCAAAUUUUGCUGAAGAUGGACCUUUAUUCGAUAAUGAUAAUGCUAUUGAAGAAAAUUUGCCAAUGCAGCUACUUAAUAACAAUGCCAUUCCACUUAUAAGGGACAAUCCUGAAAGUGAUAAUGAAGACAGACCAAAUUUCGCUGAAGAUGGACCUUUAUUCGAUAAUGGUAAAUACAAAAUUAUAUAUUUUUAAUUCUGAGUUCUUUGAAGAAGCUAGUGUUUUUACAAU